AUGAAGAGAAGCAUGAACGAUGUAGCAAUAACUGUGACGACGUGGAGGGUUGGUCAAGGCAGAUCAGAGACGGCAAAGCUCGGUACCAAAUCUUCAAUGUCCGUUACCAGCAAGCACGACCAGGGCUUUUUGGGGAACCGCAGAGUACAACAUUGCAGUAGCGAGCAAGUAUCAAAAGCCUAG